AUGAAUACGGCGUGGAAGAGUGAGAGUACGAACGAGGCGGAGGCCGACGAGGACGACAUCACUCUCGCGAGAAAACUGCAAACUCCCGUGUCCAAACAGAUAGCGCAAUCGUCGGUGGACCCGAGGAAAGAUUUACUUCGCGAGCGCGAGCGAGCUUCGUUUAACUCGAGAGAGUUGGAAGUUUUAUUAGCCGGCGGCGUGGAGAACGUCAAGCUGAGAAAACUCGUGGCGGAGACGUUAACCAAGGACAGAGUUUUCAAGAACAAAACGAGCGAGAAGUACUCUUUGCCAAGGGAGGAGCUGUACAGGACGACGCUGGAGAAGUAUUUGGAGAUUCCGAGAGUCGCGAGGGAGAUUUUGGCGAAGAUUCAUGGCGACAACGGUGGCGGUGGCGGGGGGGGUAGUGGCGGCGGUGCGACGCGUAGUCGUAGCGGGAAUAGCGGGGAUAGCGGGAACGGCGUUAACAAGAGUAACAAUAACAAGUUGAUAGCCAUCGCUCGCGUCGUGCGCGAGUUCAUCGACGAACCGGGCGGGCUGGAUUUACACCUCGGGAUGUUCAUACCUACCAUCCAAGGGCAAGGAACGGACGAACAGAAGAAGUAUUGGUUACCUAAGUGCGUGAAUUUAGAAAUUGUUGGGACGUACGCGCAAACGGAGUUGGGCCACGGGACGUUCAUCAGAGGAUUGGAGACGACGUGUACGUACGACGUUCGAAAGAAGGAGUUCAUCGUGCACUCGCCGACGUUGACUGCGACAAAAUGGUGGCCGGGAGGAUUAGGGAAAACGGCGACGCACGCGAUUGUCAUGGCGAGGCUAUUCGUGCCUUCUUCUUCUUCUUCUUCUUCUUCUUUUGCUUCUCAUUCGGAACCGGUAUUCUCAGAUAAAGGCAUUCACGCGUUUGUCGUCCAAAUUCGGUCAACAAAGGACCAUUUGCCGUUGCCAGGCGUCCAGUGUGGAGAUAUCGGCGAUAAAAUGGGAUAUAACGCGGUAGAUAACGGGUUUUUACGCUUCGAUCACGUUCGAGUACCGAAAGAUGCCAUGCUUAUGGGUCACUCGAAAGUAUUAGACGACGGGACGUACGUCCCUCCGCCAGUCAAGAAAGCGGCGUAUGGAACCAUGGUAUUUGUUCGAUCCGAUAUCGUCAUGAACGCGGCGUUAUACAUGAAGAAAGCUGUGACGAUUGCGUUACGAUAUAAUCUCGUGCGACGUCAAUCCAACGCGGAUAGUAAGAACAACAACGUCGAGACACAAGUGUUGGAUUAUCAACACUCGCAACGAACGCUCUUUCCUAUUCUCGCCUCUUCGUUCGCGUUUCACACGACGAGCGAUUAUAUGCGAAGAAUGUAUUUUGAGUUUCUGAAACGUUCGCAGUCCUCCGAGAAAGAUUUUGACGCCUUGCCGGAAUUACACGCGACGAGUUCGGGCUUAAAAGCCUUUUGUUCUUGGAAAACCAAAGACGCGAUUGAGAGUUGUCGACUGACGUGCGGCGGACACGGAUACCUUGCGAAUGCCGGAUUUGGAACCACGUUUGCGAGUUACGCACCAAACGUCACGUACGAAGGCGACAAUAACGUUUUGUGUUUGCAAACCUCGCGUUAUUUGCUCAAAACCAUGCGCGCGUUGCAAGCGAAAUUAGUCACCGAGGUCAAACUGGUUGGCCAAAUGAAGUAUCUUUCCGAAAGUGGCAACACGUUUACCUCCACCCUCGGGCACGAAGUAGGCAUUCGCGACGAGGACGCUUUGUUGCGCGCGUACGAGCAUCGAGCUUGGCGUUUGUGUUCGCAAGCAACCGCCCGCGCCGGGAACCUCUCCGUGGACGAAGCCAUGCGUUUGGACAUGGUAAGCUGGAUUAAAGUCGCCAAAUCGCACUGCGCUUUAGUCGUCCUCGCGAACUUCUUCGACGGCAUUCACGAAGCUGAAAAACUCAAAGUGAGCAAAGAAACCAUAGCAGUUCUAAAACGCCUCGCCACGCUCCACGCCCUCUGCGGCGUCGAAGACGAACUCGGCGACUGGGUCGAAGACGGCUACCUCGAAGCCAUGCAAUGCCAACUCGUUCGAGAAGAAAUCGCCCAGCUCCUCCAAGAACUGCGCCCAGACGCGGCAGCCUUAGCCGACUCCUUAGGUUUGGACGAUUACUUCUUGAACUCAACCUUAGGCGCGAGAGACGGGAACGUUUACGAAAACCUCUUCGCCGCCGCGCAAAAAGCGCCGUUCAACAGCUCGCACAAGCCGCCCGGUUACGACCAUUUGCUCUGGCCUCGAUUCAAUGCGAGUAGUAAUAGUAACACUAGUAAUAAUAAUAAAGGCCGUUCAAAGCUUUAA